GCUCCUGAUUCAUUAUUGCAUUCCUCAUCUUUUCCAAGUGUCAAAUUGUUCUUAAAAGUUGCUGAUCCACUUCCACCUUUCUCAUUGUUGCAUUUCUAUUUUUUUCUUGAUCUACUAUCACAUUUCUCAUUGUCUCCAAGUGUUGAAUUCACUAUACAAGUGUUGGAAUUGCCUUUGAUUGAGUUGACCAGUUCUCUAAAGAGCCAAUAGAGAAGACUAAGAGUGGAAAAAAGGCAAGAGUGUGAAAGAUCAUCAUUGAGAAAAAGCCUAUCAAGAGUGAAACACGAGGGAAGAGUGACAUCUAUUGUUGUGAGGAUUUUUUUUACAGCUUUGCAAAUGUCUAACAAGGAGGAACCAUCAAGCGUUGGGGGUACACCAAACAUGGAUUUUGUUGUCAAUGCUAUGCAAAAACAGUUUGAGCGCUUCAAUAUGGUUUUGGGGGAAAUAAGGGAUAGGAUGGAUAGACAAGAUGCAAUGAUUGCAAACUUGCAAAGGGGGGAACCUAAUAGAAAUCCUAAUUUUAGACGACCUCUUGGGCAUGGGUAUGAAGAGUUUGAAUCUGGAAAUGAAGCAAGAAGUGAGAAUGAGGAAGAUUAUGAGUCUGAAAUUGAGAUGGGAAGAAAUAGACGUAGAAGAGUAAGGCAUGAGCGAGGUCAUGGGAGAAAUGCUACAAGACAAAGGAAUAGGGAAGAUGGGAACCUUGGUAACAUUAAAAUGAAGAUACCUUCUUUCCAAGGUAGAAAUGACCCUGAAGCUUAUUUGGAGUGGGAAAAGAAGAUAGAAAUGAUUUUUGAGUGCCAUAAUUAUUCUGAAGCAAAAAAGGUGAAAUUGGCAGUAAUAGAGUUCACUGAUUAUGCAAUCAUUUGGUGGGAUCAAUUGGUUUUGAGUAGAAGAAGAAAUGGUGAGAGGCCUGUAGCAACUUGGGGAGAAAUGAAGACUCUCAUGAGGAGGCGAUUUAUUCCUAACCAUUACUUUAGAGACCUCUAUCAAAAAUUGCAGACCCUUAUGCAAGGCUCUAAGAGUGUGGAGGAGUAUUAUAAAGAAAUAGAGGUGGCUAUGAUAAGGGCUAAUGUGACAGAAGAUAGGGAGGCUACAAUGGCUCGUUUCUUGAAUGGAUUAAAUAGAGAGAUAGCUAAUAUAGUGGAGUUGCAGCAUUAUGUGGAGUUGGAAGACAUGUUGCAUGUGGCAAUAAAAGUAGAAAGGCAACUCAAGCGCAAGGGAGCCUCAAAAUUCAAUUCUGGUUCUAGUAGUUCCUUUGUGAAACAAAACUGGAAGAAAGAAGACAAGACUGAUUCCAAGGGGGUUUCCAAAGGCAAGGAUGAAGCUUCAACUAAAGGCAAAGGUAAAACUGAUUCCCAAACUUCUAGAAACAGGGAUAUUAAAUGCUUCAAGUGUUUGGGUACAGGUCAUAUAGCCUCUCAAUGCCCCAACAAGAGAGUCAUGAUUGUGAAAAAUAAUAAAGUGGUAACUGAUGGUGAAAGUGAUGAAUCCAUGCCUUCACUUGAAGAUGCUAGUGAUGAUGGGGUUGAAUAUGCAGUAGAAGGAGAAGCACUUGUGGUUAGAAGAGCUUUGAAUUCUCAAGUUAAGGAAGAUGACAUGGAGCAACAAAGGGAGAACAUUUUUCAUACUCGCUGCCUCAUACACAAUAAGGUUUGCAGCUUGAUCAUUGAUGGGGGGAGUUGCACGAAUGUUGCAAGUACUACAUUGGUUGAGAAAUUGAACUUGUCCAUCAUUAAACACUCCAGACCGUACAAGUUACAGUGGUUGAAUGAAUGUGGAGAGGUUAAAGUUACGCAGCAAGUCCUUGUUUCAUUCUCAAUUGGCAAGUAUAGUGAUGAGGUGUUAUGUGAUGUAGUUCCAAUGCAUGCCAGUCAUAUACUUUUGGGCAGACCUUGGGAAUUUGAUAGAAGGGAAUAUGAAGAUGUAUUCCCUGAAGAUAUUCCUCCUGGCUUACCACCCAUUAGAGGAAUUGAACAUCAAAUUGACUUCAUUCCUAGAGUAACAAUUCCCAACCGUCCAGCUUAUAGAAGCAAUCCUGAAGAAACCAAAGAACUUCAAAGGCAAGUUCAAGAGCUUAUGGAAAAGGGGUAUGUAAGAGAAAGUUUGAGUCCUUGUGCUGUUCCAGUUCUUCUUGUUCCUAAGAAAGAUGGAUCAUGGAGAUUUGUUGUAAGUACACAAGGGGUAGAAGUUGAUGAAGAAAAGGUAAGGGCUAUAAAAGACUGGCCAACACCUACAAACAUCACCGAGGUGAGAAGCUUUCAUGGCUUAGCUAGUUUUUAUAGACGCUUUGUAAAGGAUUUUAGCACAAUUGCUGCACCACUCACUGAGGUCAUUAAGAAAUCUGUUGGAUUUAAAUGGGAAAAGGCACAAGAUCAUGCAUUUCAUGUUCUUAAAGAAAAGUUGUGUUCUGCAACUGUGUUGGCAUUACCUGACUUUCACAAAACUUUUGAGAUUGAAUGUGAUGCCUCAGGAAUUGGUAUAGGAGCUGUUUUGAUGCAGGAAGGAAGACCUAUUGCUUAUUUUAGCGAGAAGUUAAGUGGCGCUGCUUUGAAUUAUCCCACAUAUGACAAGGAACUCUAUGCACUUAAGAGAGCAUUAGAGACUUGGCAACACUACCUUUGGCCUAAGCAAUUUGUCGUUCACACUGAUCACCAAUCUUUGAAGCACAUAAAGGGUCAAGGAAAGUUGAACAAGAGACAUGCACGAUGGUUGGAAUUCAUUGAACCAUUUCCCUAUGUCAUCAAAUACAAGCAAGGAAAGGAGAAUGUUGUUGCAGAUGCAUUGUCUAGAAGAGUUGAGGGAUACUUGUUUAAAGAAAAUAAGCUUUGUGUGCCUCAAUGUUCUAUACGAGAAUUGCUUGUUAGGGAAGCUCGUGGGGGAGGUCUAAUGGGACAUUUUGGUGAAAAAAAGACCUUAGGUGUGUUGCAUGAACAUUUCUUUUGGCCAAAAAUGAAACGAGACGUAAAAAGGAUUUGUGAUAAGUGCAUAACAUGUAGGAAGGCAAAAUCCAAAGUCUUACCACAUGGUUUGUAUAUUCCUUUGCCUGUACCAAAUGAACCUUGGGUAGACAUUUCUAUGGACUUUGUUUUGGGGCUACCUAGGUCAAGGAGGGGAAUGGAUUCCAUUUUCGUGGUUGUUGAUAGGUUUUCUAAGAUGGCACAUUUCAUUCCAUGCCAUAAAACUGAUGAUGCCACUCAUGUUGCUGAUUUGUUCUUUAAAGAAAUUGUGAGACUUCACGGAGUUCCCAAAAGCAUUGUGUCGGAUAGGGAUACAAAGUUUCUUAGUUACUUUUGGAAAGUUUUUUGGGGAAAGAUAGGUACUAAAUUGUUGUUUUCUACUGCUUAUCAUCCACAAACUGAUGGGCAAACUGAAGUUGUUAAUAGAACUUUAACUCAAUUGCUCAGAACCGUUAUUCAAAAGAAUUUGAAAAAUUGGGAAGAUUGCUUGCCAUUCAUUGAAUUUGCAUAUAAUAGGAGUGUUCAUUCGUCUACAGAAUAUUCUCCUUUUGAAAUAGUGUAUGGUUUCAAUCCACUAACUACUUUGGAUUUGUUACCAUUGCCUGUUAAUGAGAAAGCAAAUUGGGUGUGGGUGCAUAUGCGCAAAGAAAGGUUUCCAGCUCAACGAAAGUCUAAAUUGGCUCCUAGAGGAGAUGGUCCAUUCCAAGUUCUUGAGAGGAUCAAUGACAAUGCCUACAAGAUAGAUUUACCUGGUGAGUAUAAUAUCAGUGCUACCUUUAAUGUUUCUGAUCUAUCUCCAUUUGAUGCAGGUGAAGAUUCGAGGACGAAUCCUUUUGAGGAGAGAGGGAAUGAUGAGAAUCAUCACGAAGAACAAGCUGACUCAAAUCAUUCAAGUGACCCAUUGCAUGUUCCAGUAGGGCCAAUUACAAGGGCAAGAGCUAAAAGACUUAAAGAAGCUUUGAAUGGGCUGGUUCUAGAUAUGUGGGCCAAUCAAAAUUAUCAAGAUUCUGACCUAAAAAGCAAGCAAGACGUCAUCAACAUUAUAUGGGCUGAAGAGGGAGCUGUUGAGAGUCUUUUGAGCCAGAAUACUAUUAAAUGAAGAGCUUGGGCCAUAAUGGACACUUGGGCUGACUCAUUGGGGCUUGUACUUUAUUAUUUUGGGCUGCACAUGUUGUUUUAAAUCUUAGCCACAUGGGUGCACGAAAAUUUAAUCUUGAAAACCCAAUCUGACUUUUCAUAUUUUCAAGCAUCUUUAAUACUUUGAGUUUCUAGGCUAAUUAAG